AGACGGACGGAAGUUCAUUUGUGGCGUUUCCCCAAAGCCCACAAAGCAAAAGCAGACGUCGUAGUCGGCGUUGGUUUUUCUCGAAUUGAUAUUUUGUUUUGUUGUUAUUUCGCGCGGCUCUUUCUAACAACUAACAACGUUCAUCAAGCAAGCCAGAGAACGAAACCAACAGCCGCUCUUGGGGCACCGAUUCAGUAAUGUUUUGACCGUGGACGCUUGAACACGCGAUACUCUUUUCCGGCUUUGACGUUUCGGUUUCGGUUCUCGGCUUAUUUUAGUUUGGUUCCGCAACUUCCUCAAAACGGUUGAACUUUUUUCGAGUUAGGAAUCUCUAACCGUCGGCCAUGUGUGAGGUGAUUAAAGUUCGGUGAAUUUUAUUGGGUUAGUGAUACUAUUAGGGGUUUUUUUUUCGUGUGUGGCGCAUAUAUCGGAACGAGCAAAUAGAUGGUGUGUAGGUUGUUGUUUACGAAUGCAACGAUUAUUUUUUAUCUACACUUAGUCAUCGAAGCGUGACAGAGAUGUUGAAGAGCAUUCUAUCGAGAUUUUUCAUUCAAAUACCAACAACAACGCCACAAAUGUGUCAGUAGUUAGCUUGCGAGAGCGGCAAAUGAGAAAGUAAACAUUUCAACUCAGUCAGUGAUUGUUGGAAAGAAAACAAAGCUGAGUGUAAUUGAAUUGUGUCGUUGUUUUUCCGUUUAUUUUCUGAGUGCAUCUACAUACUUACGACAAGUAAAGGGAACAGAACAACUACGUGAAGAAACGAUGAUAACAGUUCCCUACAGAUGUUGAUCAGAUAUUCACCCAAGUGCAGCAGCAAAAGUGCAGUGGAUGUCGCUACGUGGUGAAGAAAGUUCAGCCGAUGCCCGAAGCCGCCAGAACACAUCAAAGCAGUAGAAAACCGAAUUAGAACAAUGCUCUGAUCCGAGUAGAAUCUCGGCAAUUAUUGUACCGUCCAUCGGAUCCGACAGUUUAGCGAAGCGGCUAUUAGCGGGCCCCAUUAUCAACUGGUGAUCGUGUUCUCAUAAGUGUAGGUGGAAUGCCAAGUAGUGAUUGAAGAAGCUAGAUUGUGCAGGCAAUUGUAUCAGGAGAAGGAAAAAAGUGUGAUCAUUGAAGUUCAUUGUGCGUGAGAGUUCUGUUUUGUGUUUUGUUCUGAACAACAGCAUCAACAAUAACAACAAUGGUGGCUGCUGAGGUUCAACUGGCCUCGGCCCCACUGGCCACGGUCAGCUCGGCCGUCCAGCAGCAGCAGCAGCAUCCGGUUGGGCCGAUCAGCCAUUCGGCAGCUUCGACGGCAGCCGUUUCGGCUUUCAGUUCGUGUUGUCCUACCAGCGGAGAAAGUUCGUCCAUCGGAGGAGAUUCGAUCGAGCUGAGCGAUAGCCAGGGCAACAAUAACACCAUGUACAAGGGACUGUUCGAGGGCGAGGACUAUCGGUUCCCGAAGCGGCCCCAGGUGGACAUCGACUUCCGGGAUAUCCGAUUCACGCUGCGCAAGUUCAACUUUGCGAAAGUUAAAUUCGAAUCCAAAGAAAUCCUUCACGGUCUCAAUGGGACGUUCAAAUCCGGUGAGCUGAAUGUCAUUAUGGGGCCCUCGGGUGCCGGCAAAAGCACCCUGCUCAACAUCUUGGCCGACUACGUAUCGGCGGGUGUUUCGGGCAUCGUUCAGGUCAACGGCAAAACCCGACACCACAAUAGUCAAAGUUUCAAGAAACUUUCCUGCUACAUCCAGCAGCACGACGCCAUCCGUCCCUAUCUGACCGUUGAUGAAGCCAUGACGAUUGCCACCCAUCUGAAGCUCGGAUUCAGCGUUUCCCGGGAGGAAAAGCAGAAACUGAUCCAGAAGAUCCUGUUCAUGUUGGGUCUGGAGCAGAAGGGCAGUACCAUUUCGAAGGGUCUCUCCGGAGGACAGAAAAAGCGACUGGCGAUAGCGCUAGAAAUGAUAGAUAAUCCCCCAAUUUUGUUCCUGGAUGAACCGACCACAGGACUGGACAGUUCGUCCUGUACCCAGUGUAUUUCGUUGCUCAAAAGACUGGCCCAAGAUGGAAGGACCAUCAUCUGUACGAUCCAUACGCCGAGUGCGUUGAUCUUCGAAAUGUUUGACAAACUUUACACGGUAACGCAGGGUCACUGCUUUUAUCAGGGACCUGGUCGGGAAUUGUUACCCUUUUUGUCCGAUUUGGGUUACCACUGUCCGAGUUAUCACAAUCCCGCGGAUUUCAUGAUGGAGAUCGCAGUUGGCGAGUACGGAGCGGACGUUGCCAAAAUCAUCAAGGCUGCACUGAAAAAGUACUACGAAAUCAACAUUAACUCUAUCAAGAUGGAGUUUCUGUUCGAUAAUGUGAAAACAGCAGUUCAGUACGAAUUCGACGAGAAAGGUGUUGGCGUCGAAAAAGGUGGUUCGGAAAAGCCGGUCGAGAAACUUCAACUCGAGUAUAGCGAACAAGCCCUGGCCAUUUCACCGGCUUCAUCGGAAGAUCAGACCGUGAUGGGAUCGGUGGUUGAGGAUAAAACUCAUCCAGCUUCGCUCAUGAUGCAGUUUCUGCUGCUGGUGUAUCGAAAUUUGCUGCAGAUAAAGCGAGACUAUGUGAAAUCCAAAGAAAUCCUUCACGGUCUCAAUGGGACGUUCAAAUCCGGUGAGCUGAAUGUCAUUAUGGGGCCCUCGGGUGCCGGCAAAAGCACCCUGCUCAACAUAUUGGCCGACUACGUAUCGGCGGGAGUUUCGGGCAUCGUUCAGGUCAACGGCAAAACCCGACACCACAAUAGUCAAAGUUUCAAGAAACUUUCCUGCUACAUCCAGCAGUACGACGCCAUCCGUCCCUAUCUGACCGUUGAUGAAGCCAUGACGAUUGCCACCCAUCUGAAGCUCGGAUUCAGCGUUUCUCGGGAGGAAAAGCAAAAAUUGAUCCAGAAGAUUCUAUUCAUGUUGGGUCUGGAGCAGAAGGGCAGUACCAUUUCGAAGGGUCUCUCCGGAGGACAGAAAAAGCGCUUAGCGAUAGCUCUAGAAAUGAUAGAUAAUCCCCCAAUUUUGUUCCUGGAUGAACCGACCACAGGGCUGGACAGUUCGUCCUGUACCCAGUGUAUUUCGUUGCUCAAAAGACUGGCCCAAGAUGGAAGGACCAUCAUCUGUACGAUUCACACGCCGAGUGCAUUGAUCUUCGAAAUGUUUGACAAACUUUACACGGUAACGCAGGGGCAUUGCUUUUACCAGGGACCUGGUCGGGAAUUGUUGCCCUUUUUGUCCGAUUUGGGUUACCACUGUCCGAGUUAUCACAAUCCCGCGGAUUUCAUGAUGGAGAUCGCAGUUGGCGAGUACGGAGCGGACGUUGCCAAAAUUAUCAAGGCUGCACUGAAAAAGUACUACGAAAUCAACAUCAACUCGAUCAAGAUGGAGUUUCUGUUCGAUAAUGUGAAAACAGCAGUUCAGUACGAAUUCGACGAGAAAGGUGUUGGCAUCGAAAAAGGUGGUUCAGAAAAGCCGGUCGAGGAACUUCAACUCGAGUAUAGCGAACAAGCCCUGGCCAUUUCACCGGCUUCAUCGGAAGAUCAGACAGUGAUGGGAUCGGUGGCUGAGGAUAAAACUCAUCCCGCCUCGCUCAUGAUGCAGUUUCUGCUGUUGGUGUAUCGAAAUUUGCUGCAGAUAAAGCGAGAUUAUUUCCUUGUGGCAUGUCGACUGUUUACCCACGCCAUGAUUGCCCUUAUUUUCGGAUACAUCUACACCGGAGUUGGACCCAAGGCAAACACUGUGCUGGCAAACUAUGUCUAUCUGUACGGAUCGAUGUUGUUGGUGGUUUACGCUGGAAAAAUGGCCGUUGUACUUUCCUUUCCAAUGGAAAUGACGUACCUUAACAGAGAACACUUUAAUCGGUGGUACAAAUUGGGACCCUACUUUUUCUCAGUGCUGCUGUUGGAAAUUCCUAUUCAAAUCGCCUGCACGAUGCUGUACGUGCUGAUCAGCUACUAUCUGACCGGAAACUAUCACACCUUCGAUCGGUUUCUGCUGUUCUGUUUGUUCUGCAUCGGAGGUUCGAUGGCUGCCCAGGCGUGGGGAUUCUUCGUUGGAGCAACGCUGCCGAUUAAGCUCGCCGUUUUCGUGGGUCCCAUUCUGGCAGUUCUCUAUUCGGUGUUCGGUUUUUGCACCAAAUACGUGGACAUAACGCCCCUCUUCAGAUGGAUGUGGCACAUCAGCUACUACCGGGCCGCAUUUCACGGGAUCCUAAACUCGGUCUACGGCAUGAACCGGGAGUAUCUGUACUGUCCGGACACGCAGAUGUACUGUCACUUCAAGAAUCCGGUCCUGUUCCAGAAGGACAUGGACAUCGAGCACGUGGAUAUGGAGAAAAACUUCAUCCUUAUUGUGUCUAUCAUUGUCCACCAUGUACAUGUGCACGGUAUUUGUGCUCUGUCAACAGUAGCGAGUGUUCGCGGUUUCGGGUGGGUACUUACGCGUAUCGCCCCAACCGCGAACAAGAAUGAACCGGGACAAAAUGCACUCGGCAGCAGCAGCAGCAAAGCCGACAGCAACAGAAAGCGAGUUCAAAACAAACCUCAACUAACUAAACCGGCUCCCGUCAUGGCAUGGCAUGGUAAUAGUGAUGGUGAUGGUUCCUUGUGA